UCUUGCGUAACCCUUGUGGUUCCGUUCGAUACACUGAGUUCCUUCAGGUAAAGUGUUGAAGUUUUGACACAAUUGUUGCAGGUCGGAGUUAUCUACGUAGGUCCUGGUCAGGCUAACAACGAAGUUGAGAUCUUGCGUAACCCUUGUGGUUCUGUUCGAUACACUGAGUUCCUUCAGGUAAAGUGUUGAAGUUUUGACACAAUUGUUGCAGGUCGGAGUAAUCUACGUAGGUCCUGGUCAGGCUAACAACGAAGUUGAGAUCUUGCGUAACCCUUGUGGUUCUGUUCGAUACACUGAGUUCCUUCAGAAGUUGGGAACAUUGGUGCGUCUGGCUGAUGUAGACCCUCAGAAUGUCUUCCUCGGAGGCCUCGAGAGGACAGGAAAAGAUGGGAAAUUUGCAUACACAUGGAAAGAUGAUGUUACACAGGUGAUAUUUCAUGUGGCAACAUUGAUGCCGAACCGGGACACCGACCCGAACUGCAACGAUAAGAAAUUGCACAUCGGCAAUGACUAUGUAACUAUCGUGUACAACGAGAGUGGGGAGCCUUACAACAGAAGUACUGUAAAGUGUCAAUUCAACUAUACAUGUGUGGUGGUAGAACCAUUGGAUCACAACAUCAAUUUGGUCAGCAUAAAGGCGAAGGAAGAGCUGGUGCAGCAUAUCGGUCAUUCUGAGCCCAAGCUGGUCUCGGACCAAAGUGUUGGAUUAAUGGCCAGACAACUGGCACUGCACUCUAAUCUGGCAUCACGGGUGGCGUGCUCUCUCGGCAAAGAGGGCUGUGAUCCGUACACCUCUAACUGGCUGGAACGGCUGCGCCAGAUCAAACGGAUCAGAACCAAAAUACUGGCUGAUAUUGCCACGGCUUCGCCCCCUUCUGACAGCCAUAUUCCACCUGGGCGACGGAUCAACAUGGAUGACUUCACAGAAUAUGCCUAGGACACAGACUUGUGAUCAGUGGUGAAUUUAAAGUGUAAUUGUUAGAGUAGAGUUUUACACUACACCAGAGUCAGAUCUCUCCGUGGUAAAUAACAAUUAAUGGUAUAGUUUUUAUAAUUAACGUGAAAAGACAGUUUUUACCCAAACUGUAAUUUUGAAUCCUGCCGCUGCAGAAUAUAGUAUAAGAUAAUUAUGAAGUAUGAGUGUGAAUUAUUUGCUUGGAUGAAAUAUGUUUGAAUGUGUAUUUUUUACUUUUAAAAUAUCAUUAUUCUUGAUAUAACAUCUGUACAAAAGUACAAGAGGUUUUUUAAACAUAAAAUUAGGCUAUGUUCUUUGUUUAGCGUACUCCUAGAAAUGAAACAUCAUAGACUGAUUAUUUAUAUUUUUAAUCUAAAUAAAUAUACUGAUUUGUCACAGA